AUGCUCGUGUCGUUGACUGUGGGCAAGGUAGAUGCCGGAGUGGCAGUCCUGCUGACCGAGGACAAGCGAUUGAUCGAAUUCCCGUCCAUCCUGCUGCCGGCCGACAUUACAUCGGGUUCAAUUGUCGACAUCAACGUAGCCCGCAAUGAGGAAGCCGAGGACAAGGCUAUUCAGAAGUUUGACGCGCUCCAAGAAGACAUCUACUCGACCUUUGGUAUCCACUCCCCGUCUGCCCCCGUGCUGCGCUGUCGCAAUGCCACACAGACUUCUGUUGUGCUCGAAUGGGAUCCCGUACAGCUAGCUACGGCCGAGCUGCGUAGUCUGAGCCUGUACCGCAAUGGAAGCAAGGCAGGCAACAUCCCGCGCGACAAGCUGAGCACAAAGAUCUCGGGUCUCGCUGUCGAUAGCGAAUACACCUUCCACCUCGUCCUGCGCACUUCGGCAGGCACAUACACCAGCGAUCGCUUGACCGUCCGUACCCACAAAAUGACCGACCUCACCGGUAUCACCAUCACACCGGGCAUCAUGCCCCAACAGCUUCGCGAUGACCUGCAGGCCACUGUUGACCGCAUCGGCGCAAAGAUGAUCGAUACGCUGCGCAUCGACACUACACACUUCGUCUGUACAGAAGGCCGUGGCCAGGCUUGGGAGAAGGCCGGCGACAUGAACGUCCCCGUUGUUGUACCCGAUUGGCUCAAGGGCUGCGAACGCGAAGGACGCAUAGUCGGCGUCCGCGCAUACUACCUAGACGCCGACCCCAAGCUGCGAAACAUUGGUCCUACCAGUCAGCCUCUGCCAUCUCCCCAGGUCCAAUCGGAUCCUCGACGACCCUCGACUCAAUCACAACAGUCGCAACAACAUCUCCAGCUUCAGCAACAACAGCUCAGAGUUCACCCCCCGCUCUCUAGUCCUCGCAUCGAACACACCCCUCCCACACCCGAGCAAACCCAACGUCCCGAGAUUCCUACUUCUCAACCGUCAUCUGUACCUGCUCCUCCGCCAAAGGAUGAGUCUGUAGACACUGCACCUCCUACCCCACCAAAGGAAGAUCCCGUGCCUGAAACGGAACAGCCUUCCACACAACCUCCAGCUGCCGAACAAAAGCCCGCUCCCGUCUCCGACCUACCCUUCCGUAAUCUCCCAACGAACGUGGAAGAUCAUUCUGCGGAGUCGGCGAGUUCUGCGCCGACCGAAGAACCGUCCACCUCUGCUGACGCUACAGGAGAAAAGGAGGAGCCCAGCACGGAACCCCCAUCAGUGAACAAUCUUAAGGCUAUCGGUAUACCUCACGAGGAGGAACCAUCGUCAAAGGCACCGACCGAAUUUGAUGAUGUGGCUCUGUAA